AUGUCGCCAAAGUUUNAAAUCUAUGAGCUUGGUCCCAGUCCACUUGUUGAUAUAUAUUAUGAUCUAAGUUAUGGAAGAAGACCACAUGUUCUUCUUAUCAUAAGCGGACCAAGUACUUCAUCAGUUAUAUUAGAGAAUAAAAUUCGUUGGAUGAGCCCCAAGGCACCUCCCAAUCGCUUACGACAAGGAAUACCAAAUCUCUUGCCAGAUUUAAUUGAUCAUGUUUUACCAAGUCACUUAUCAUAUGCUCAACGUGUGUCUGAGAAAGACACAAUUAUAGAAUUUAUAAAGGAUCUUAACAAGCUUCAAGUUGAGCAAUCACGACGUGGAUUUUGGGAUAGCUCUGUUUUGUACAAUAUUUCUAGUUUACAUUCGAUGUACCCAGUUCUAAACUGGACCUUAUUAAUCCCAAAGAACUGGAGUGGUCCAAUAGUUGUAAGAAAUGCAGAUUAUCUAAAGGCGCUGCAAUCAUUUCUUACAAAAUAUCCAUCUCGAAUCGCACACAACGCUAUGCUAUUGUUAAGUGUACUGGAAAUUUUACCAAAAGAUUUUCCAACUCCUGAGGUGUGCACACGCUCUAGUAUGUGGGCUUUACCAGAAUUAGCCUCAGCACUGUAUAUUUCGCAAUAUUCGUCAAUUGAUUCAAAAGACAUAAUAAAACGGGCAGAUAUAAUCUUCAAAUCGCUCAAAGCUCACCUAAAACGAGCUCCUUCUCUAAAAGGCGCUGCGCUUGUAAAGCUGUCAGCAUUAAAAAUUCAAUCAAAGACAUGGGAAGGAUUCACGAACGUAACCCAUUUAACAAAAUCAGUGGAACGCCUUCAAAUCACGCCGGAUAAUUGGCUUCAAAAUAUUUUAGAGAUAUAUAAAACGAAUAAAAUCGUACCGAAUAAAAUAAAUAUGGACUUUAGCUCCCAUGAUGCAUGGGCAUACCCUAUUGUGUCGACCAUAUUCUAUGAUACAUUAAGCCAUUCAAUUGUUGUUCCUUUGUCGGUCAUACUAAUACCAUAUUUUAAUGCACGAUUGCCUCCAUAUCUGCAUUAUGCUUCAGUUGGCGUUUCAAUCGCCAAGGAAAUUUUACGUUCAAUAACAAAAAGCUUUGAUGAUAAGGCAAUGCGUUGCGUUCCGCAUUCCGUCAAUAUAUUUUCAAACUUUAGUCGCAUGGAUAUAUUAAUUCAUUCUGGAGGAAUGCAAAUUUCAUACCAUUCCAUGCUUUCACUCACUGGUCCAAUCAAAGGAAUGGCACGACUUCCCGGGUUGAAUUUGACACCAACGCAAAUUUUUUUUUUAGUUUCUGCGCAAGAGCUGUGUUCUGAAUCAAAUUAUCUAGGAAUCGAUACUAACGCAACAGAGUUUGACCACAUAUUGGGUUGGCUCAUUGCACAAGGAGGCAGUGCGACAGAAGUUUUUAAAUGUCCGUCGGGCUCUAUGAUCAAUAUACAAAAAACCUGUAAUGUGCUCUAAAAGCAAAUCGGAAA